CUAUGACCAUUAUCCACCUUGUUUAUAGUUUUCUAUUAUUUUAUUAAAUUUGAAAUACUGAAUACAAGUCACAGAUGACAAAUUGACAAUAAAAUAUUUAUUAUAUUAUAGUAUUAAAGUAAUAUUUACUAGUAGGUAGUGUUUUUGUAAAUUUUUGAUUUUGUUGUUAAAAUAAAUCAUUUGAAAUGGGUAAGAGACAGCAUCAGAAGGAUAAAAUGUACCUUACGUACACAGAAUGGUCUACACUGUAUGGUGGAAAAAGACCAGGCAUUGAAAAGCCAAAAUUUGCACGAUUACCGUUUGAUCAUUGUUGUCUAUCACUUGUCGCUUUCAAGACACCAUACUGUGACCCUGAUGGUAAUAUUUUUGAAUAUGAAGCAUUACUUGAAUACAUAAAACAAUUUAAACACAACCCAGUGACAGGAAAGCCUAUUGAGUUGAAAAAAUUAAUUAAAUUGAAUUUCCAUCGUAACGCAGCAGGAGAGUAUCAUUGUCCAGUCUUAUUCAAAGCCUUAACUAAACAUUCACAUAUUGUAGCAAUUAAAACAACCGGAAAUGUUUUUUCGUACGAGGCUAUAGAUCAAUUGAACAUUAAAACAAAAAACUGGAAAGAUCUUUUAACAGAUGAACCGUUCUUGCGUAAAGAUAUGAUUACUCUUCAAGAUCCAACUAAUUUAACAAAAUUUAACAUCGCAAAAUUUUAUCAUGUUGUAAAAAAAAUUAAAGUUGUAGAUCCUGAUGAAGAAGCACAAUCUAAAGACCCAGAAGGGCGUUUAAAAUCAGUGUCGAAAACUACAAGAGAUAUAUUGGAUACUUUGGAUCGAGAUUACAAGGAACCAGAAAAAAGAGUUGUAGAAGUAGCACAAAAACCUGAUAAAUUAAAUACUGCUCAUUACUCUACUGGUCGUGUAGCUGCUAGCUUUACAUCGACCGCAAUGGUUCCAGUAUUGGAACAUGAAUCAGCUAUUAUAGAAGAGAAUGAAAUCCGAUUUGAACGUAUAAAAAAAAAGGGUUAUGUUCGAUUAACUACUAAUUAUGGACCAUUAAAUUUGGAACUAUUUUGUAAAGAAGUACCUAAAACAUGUGAAAAUUUUAUAAAACUUUGUCAAAAAGAUUAUUACAAUGGUACAAAAUUCCAUCGAUCUAUUCGUAAUUUUAUGGUUCAGGGAGGUGAUCCAACAGGUACCGGUAAAGGUGGUGAAUCAUAUUGGGGACAGCCUUUUGAAGAUGAAUUUAAACAAAAUUUAAAUCACUCUGGUCGAGGAAUAUUAUCCAUGGCUAAUUCUGGUCCUGAUACAAAUAAAUCACAAUUUUUUAUUACAUACCGUUCAUGUAAACAUUUGGACAACAAACAUACAGUGUUUGGACGUAUAGUAGGAGGUUUUGAAACGCUUAAUGCAAUUGAAGAAGUCGAAGUGGAUAAUAAAGAUCGGCCAAUUACUGAUAUUAAUAUAUUGCAAACUCAUGUAUUUGUUGAUCCAUUUCAAGAAGUUGAUGAUAAGAUUGCAGAAGAAAGGCAAGAGGCAUUAAUAAAUACACCUGGAACUAGUAUAGCUUCAACUGUACGGACAGAAGAAAAUAAAAUAUCAAGUGUAGCAAUUCCAGGAGUUAAACUCAAAACAUUUAAAUCUGGAGUAGGGAAAUACAUCAAUCCUUCAGCUUUACAAAAAAACAAGAUUGAAAAUGAUGAAUUGCCUAACAAAAAAAAGAAAGUUGUUGGUUAUGAUUUUCAUGGAUUUAAUAAUUGGUGAUUUCAGAAAUUAUUAAUAUUAUAUAACAUUAAUUUUUCAUGUAUAUAACUGAUUUUAAAUAUUAUAAAACUUACUAUAAUUGUAAAGCUUAUAAUAUAUUAUAAGCUAUUUAGUUUGGAAUAUAUUUUGAUAAAUUAACUCAUUGUAAUGCAUAUUUUUGAAGAAAUUUCUUAAAUGAUUUUCCUAUUUCUUGUUGUUUUCUUGAAAUCUUGAUUUUAGUAUAACAAUAUUUGUAUAUUAUGUUUAUAAACAUUUAUUAUUGGAUUUACUGGAAUUAAUUUUUGGUAGAACAAUAAUUGUAUAUUUUUUUAUAAGACUUUUAUUUAAUAUACCUUCAUUAUUUUACUAUAAUGUCGGAUUUUAAGAAGGGUCUUAUAGCUUACAUAUAUUCGUCUCGAGCCAAAGUUUUAAAUAAGCUAACCGGUUUUAUUUUAUUCAGUAAAAAUAAUUCUAGUAUAUAAAUAAUGUUAAAUCAUUAAUAUUUUAAUAUAGAAAAAAUGUGUCUGAAUAAAAAAGAAAUUAUUUUUGCGGAGUAAGUAGGUAAUAAAAAAUUUAAAAAUUAUUAUAAAUUAAAAUAAUAUUGAUUUGUAAAUAAAUCGUAUACCUAUAAUUUA